AUCUGUUGACAGAAAACUCCACAGAAGAGCUUUCCUUGCCCAAGAGCUCACUGAUUCUUGUGCCUGUACCUAGAUUUUGGACAUUGAGAUGUUUUCUCUCCUAAGACCUUGUUAGGACGCUUUUGUGGCUUAUAGUCAGCCUACCUUGAUGCUGGUAGGACACUAUCGCACCGCGCUUCAGACUGUGGAGCCAUCACGAUGAACAUUCCUCCAGCACUCAGCCUUCAGAGUAUGCAGGAUGCAGCGGCUGCCGACACAAGCGCUGCGUAUUGGAGAGCAGCAGCUGCUGCCGCUGCUGCCGCGGCCGCAGCGUCGUAUCUUCCGCAUGGACACGGCCACGCGCACGCGCCGUCCACCCCCGGACCAGGCGGUGUCGGCAUGGCGAUGCACGCGCCGAACUUCCUCAUGCAACAAGCUACCACGGGCCACGUCCGGUCGCCUUCGCCGAACUCUAUUGCCGCAGGAACCAUGGCUGGCCUCGCCUUCUCCUCCUCCGCCGCCGCCGCUGCCGCCGCUGCGUCCGCUGGCGCGGCGAUGAUGCAGAACUCGCUGUCCAUGCACGCGCGCUUCUUCCCCUCGCUGCACCCGCAUGCGCACGCCGGCCUCGCGCAGCAGCACCAGCUGCACCAACUGCAGGCCGCCGCGGGCCUCCCAGGAAUGGCAACACCGCAGGUGGUGCUGGGAGCGCACGCGCAGGCGUCCAUGCCCCACAUGGGGCUGCUCCCAGGCCAGCAGGUGGCCAUGCAUGGCCAGACAGGCAUGCUCCCUGGCCUGCCGCUCGCUUCCGACCCCAGCUAUCUGGCGGCGCACCACCUCGCCCAGCAGCAGCAGCAACUUCAGCUGCAGCAUGAGCAGCAGCAGCAGCAGCAACAACAGCAACAGCAACAGCAGCAACAGCAAAUAGCGGCCUUGCCUCCUCCCCCUCCUCCCCCGGCGUUACUGAGCGGUCCGCAAAAGCAUUACCAGAUGCAGGAGGCGCAGAUUCAAAAGCAGCAAGAAGCCGCUCCUCCACAGCAGCAGCAGCAGCAGCAGGGGUCGCAUCAACAGGAGCAGCAAGGAGGCGGAGAAGCGGCCAAGAGCCCAGGAAACGGAGGAGACUGGGCCGGCAACGAAGGCGACCUUACAGCCAAGGUGCGUAAGCCCUACACCAUAACGAAGCAGAGGGAGCGCUGGACUGAGGACGAGCACAGCAAGUUCCUGGAAGCCCUCAAGCUCUACGGCCGCGCGUGGCGCCGCAUCGAAGAGCACAUCGGCAGCAAGACGGCCGUGCAGAUCCGCAGCCACGCGCAGAAGUUCUUCACCAAGCUGGAGCGCGACGGCACCUCAGCGGCGACCUCGCAGAUGGACAUCGAGAUCCCCCCGCCGCGGCCCAAGCGCAAGCCCGCGCACCCGUACCCGCGCAAGGCGGGUUCCGCCACCAGUUCGCAGCCGCAGCAGCCGCAGCGGCAGCACAGCCAGAACAGCCUUUCAAAGCCUCUCCAGCAGCCUGCACCCGCCCUCCUCCCCCCUCCCCCUCCGCCCCCCAAGGCACUGCUUCCGUGCAUGAAGCAUCCGCAGCUGCCGCAGCAGCCGGCGCAACCAACACAGGCUGUGCAGGUGAACCAGCCUGCAGCAGCGGUGCAGCAGGCGGCAGUCGGAGAGAGGAGCGCACACAAGGGGCUACAGGCAACUUCACCGCAGCAGGCAGAGGCAGAAGGAACAGAGCAGCAGCAGCAGCCGCAGCAGCAGCAGCAGCGGUCGAGCCGUCAGGUGUCCCAGGGGCUGAGUUCGCAGCGCACGCAGUCGCAGAUGUCGCGGUCGCUGGUGCCCGUGUCGUCCGACCAGUCGUGCGGCAACGAGCGCGCCGACGACGGCCACGAGUCCAAGUAUGUCUCCCCUCCCCAUGCCGCCGCGCCUGCCGUCGCCGUUGCUGCAUACAACGAUGUCAACGCUGCACACGCUGUGCGCUCGCCUGUAGGUAAGCGUGACGCUGCUGGUCCCAACGCGUGCAUCUCGCCGUUGUCGUCGCCGUCAGCACCCGGCGAUCAGCCCAUCCGGCAGUCGCCCGACCAGCGCAGCACUCUGAAGCUCUUCGGCAAGACGCUCGCCACCCCAGUCGCCAUGGCCGCACCACCCCCAGCAGCGCCACCCGCAUCCCUGCCACCACCUGCUCCCAGAACCACCAUUCCUCGUGCCACCGCACCUGGUGCCGCUGGUACUGCUGCUGACCACAGCCCCCUGCGCUCGCCGUCGUUCCAUCCGCCUCUGCUGUCCCUUGCGACCCCCCCUCCUGCUCCUGCACCGCUCUCUGACCCGCACCACUGGCGCUUCAGCCAUGCGGCGGGUAAGGGCAGUGCAAAGGACGAGCAGAAAGUAGAGGAGGAGGAGGGCGAAGAUCCUCCCAUGGUGACGCGGUCACUGUCGCUUCCAGUCCCUCGGACUGCUGCUGUCCUCCCAGAGGAGUCGCAGGGCCUGUCACUCUCAGGGGCGCCACAGGGACACGGCAAGCGGGCUGCGGGGGCGGGCGCAAGAGGAGGGGCGGAUGAGCGUGGGCGCGUGGAGCACCUGAGGGUAGCGGCGGCGCAGCAGGCGCUGCGGUCGCUGAGCGUGACGGGGCACGACGCGUCCACGUCAGCGUGCGCCAGCUUCUCCGACCGCUCCGUCGUGCUCGAGUCAGGCCUCUCCACCGAGCCCCUCCCCGCCCCCACGCCGCAACCACCGCGCAUGCCGCAAGGGGCGGACCGCCGAGGUGUAUUAUCGGCGGCAGAGGCGCGUUUGGGACAUGGACGCGCGGGAGGGAGGGAGGAGGGAGCAAUGCGAGAGAUGGCGGAGGGCGGCCCAGGCGAUGCUGCUGUGGGCGCGGGCAAGGCGGAGGUGGAGAAGACGGGGGCGGAGGACGCACCAGCGAGCCCAGUCAAGGUUGCGACUCCCGCGGGCGUCAUCUCGCCCACGCUCCUCCCCGCCCUCUUCCAGCAGUCCGCCACAGCAGCGGCGCUCAAGCCAGGCGUGGCGCAGGCGCAGUACAUGGAGCAGCUGCUCGGGUACCCCCCUGCCCCGCCCCCCUUCAACCCCGCCGCCAACGCAGCAGCAGCCACAGCCGCAGCAGCUGCAGCAGCCACGGCCGCUGCGCUUGGCUCCUCUGCAGCAGCAGGCCUGGCUGCCAGCGCUGCGGCGAAUGCUGCUGGGCUGAGCCAGCAGCAGCAGGAAAAGGCGAGGGUGGAGACGGGAGGAGGGGAAGGGGAGGCAGGGCAAGGGAUGGAAGGAGUGGCAGCAAGUGAGAACGCCAAGCAAGGUGCGGCUGUGGCCGCAAUGGACGGUGGUGCAGCGAGUCCCAGCCAGCUUCCGCCAGGCGUGGCGUCGCAGUGGUCGCCAGCGCUCAUGCCAUCCAUGGCAGGUCUCUCAAUGCUCAAUGCCGCCGCUGCCGCUGCUGCCGCCACCACCGCUGCUGCUGCCACCACGGCUGCCCCCUCCCAUCGCCCCCCCUUCGACUACGCCGCUGCCGCCGCUGCUGCAGCAGCUGCUUCAGCGCGCGGUACUGCCACCUUCCAGGAAGCUGCUGCCUCAGCUCAGAUGGCUGCAGCAACUGCUGCCGCGAUGGGGCUGCAGUUUCCCGGGUGCUUCAUGCCGGGAGGCGAGGACGUGGUGCAGCAGCAGCAAAUGAUGUUCCCGUCGCCCUUCCCCUUCGUCGACUUCCACUCGCCCGGCUUCCACCCCAUGCACCACCCUGGCUACCUGCUCUCGCCCUACCGCGCGCCCAUGCCCCACCCGCACCCGGCGGCGGCGUUCCAGACGUUCGACUCGUACCUGCGCAUCUACGGGCCCGCCUUCGCCUCCAUGGGCGCCACCACCUUCGCCGCCUGGCACGCCCCGCGCCCCCAGCACCAGCAGCACCAGCUGCAGCAGCCAGGCCGCCCCCAGCUGCUGCCUGCCAGUCAUACUCCCGCCGCCGCCGCCACAGCUGCUGCGCCCUCUGGUUUGUGGCCCUCGGCGCCGUUUCUCGCAGCUCAGGCGGCAGCAGGUGGGACGGAGAGCCCUACCAAGGCUGUGGAAGCAGGCACGGCAGGCGGGGUGUCAGGUGCUGCCGCAGUGCCUCCAAGUGCUGCCACAGUAGCUGCUCCUGGCGCUGCCGCCACUGCCGGCAGUCUUGGCGCGGGAGCGGGUGCUGCUGCAAUCCUUGGCAGCACUGCUGCCGCCACUCUCGAUGUGCGGCUCUCGUCACCGCCAGCGCCUCCGCGCACCCUGUCAGACGACGACCCAGCAGCAGCAGCCAUGGCCGUGACCAUGGCAGCUGCGUCCGCGUGGUGGGCGCUCCAAGGCUCCAUGCCGCCCGGCGUCUUCCUCCCCAUGUCGCCCGCGCAGGCCUUCCGCCCCCCAUUCAACGGUGUCACGCCUCUCCCUGCCGCCGCCGCUGCUGCCACUGCUAUGCAGCUCGGGUGGCCGGGUGCAGGGGAGGGCGAGAACGGACGGAACGGUGGAGGUGGGGAGGCUGAUGCAGCCACUGCAGGUGCGCCUGGUGGAGGUCUUAGUGGUGCGGGCGUGACUCCUGGUGCAGCUGCGGAUGCCGGCUUUGUCAAAGCCACGCUUGCAGCACCCCAGCAGCCACAGCAGCAGCAGCAGCAGAAGCAGUUGGAGAUGGGUGGAGUGGUGGAGACAGGGGACGAUGGGGGGGAGGGGUCAUCUGGUAAGGCGAUUCCCGAGGGCGUGCAGGGCAAGGCUGAAGCGAACGACACGGCGUACAGCGCGUCGCAGAGCCAGGGGGGUGAGGACACACUCGGGGACACGGACAACGAUGGGGGGGGUGGCAGCAGGGAGGAGGGGCAGGAGGGGCAGGAGGGGCAGCACGAGGAGCUGCGGCUCAUGGCCAGCGAGCGGGAGGCCCUCGCCGCCAUGCUGCAGGGCGUGAACGCGGACGUGGAUGCUGACGUGGACGUGGACGUUCAGGAGUCCCAGCAGACGGUGGUGGGGUCGUCGGCGCCAACUGGAGCCAGCAAGGCGGCGGACACCGGCACAGAAGGGAAGCACGCAGGCAUGCGAACGUCCUUGCCUGGGCGUGCGGGUGACGCCAGGCCGCUCGUGCAUGGGCACAGCCCGCAGCAGCAUCAUGUGGAGCAGCACAGGAGCAUGGCCUUUUGCAGCGAGGCUCGCAAGGCCACCAUGAGUCCUGCAGACGGCGCCAUGGGGCCGUGCACCGACUCGUCGCCCUCCGUGUGGGGCUCCAACUCCACGCCGCCAGACAACGCCCACACGGCCAGGCUCAACGGUAAUGGAACCAGUGACAACGGACACACGCCUCAGAAGGAGCCCCACAGGAGGCAGGGUGAGCUGGAUCAUGGGCAGCAGCGUGUGGCGCUGGCAGCAGGCGAGCAGCAAGGCCGCAACAAGGAUGCCUGCUGCUCCACCCCCCCACUCCCACGCAGCCCUGCUGCUACUGCGCCUGCUCCCGCUCCCGCUUCUCGGCCUGCUGGACUGCCUGCCAGCCCCACCAACCAAGGUGCUGCUGGCGCCACUGCUGUCAAUGCUGCCACUGCGGUGGCCGGUGCUGCUGCUGCUGCGGCUGUCUCAAAGCAGGAGAAGUGGAGGCUACCCCGUGAAAGGGGCCGCGCGCCACAUGCACACAACCACACAGCACAUGCGCAUGGGCAUGGUCAUGGGCACAGGCAUGGGCAAGCGCACAUGGACCGCAGCGGGUCGAACAUGGGUGCGAGUGCAGCAGCGUCGACGGCAGAAGCAGCGGGCACUGCAGUGGCGGACAAGAGGGAGCAGUCGAACCUCAUUCGCAAGCUGCGCUCCAUGGAGAAGUUCAAAGUCCGCCACGCCGCUGCUGCGCCCAGCGGCGGCGCCGCUAAUGGCGCUGAAAGUGCGGUGGGCGCUGCCACUGCCACUGCUGACGAGGUCAGUGUGAAGAUGAGCGCCUGUGGCCCAGGGGUGGGUGGGGGAGAAGGAGCGGGCUCCGGGGGGGGGGAGGGCAGUGGAGGGGAGGGGGCGGAGGGGGCCACGGAUGGCCAGCACGGAGGAGCAGAGGGAAGAGGCGCAGGGAGGGAAGGCGAGGCGGCGAAAGCAGGGGGAGGCGAGGGAGGAGGGAAGGAGGGUGUGGAGAUGGCGGGGGAGAACGAGGGGCCGCGGAGGAAGCGGCUGCGAGGCCACUCCAUGAGCGGCAGCAACACGCCCCCCCCCGUCACCAGACCAGCCCCGCCCUCUGCAACGAAACCCGUGCCAGCGGAUGGCACAGGGGUGGAAACAGCAGCGGCAGGGGUAGCAGAGCAGCAAGGGGACGUCCGCGCCACCCCCUCGUCCUCGGGAAGCCGCGGGCAGAACGGCAACGUGGGGGGCAGUGGCAGCGGCACCAAGAACGAGGGCGCGGGGGGGCCCGAGGGCUCGGGGGAGAACGGGCCUAGCUCCAACUCGUCCGAGUGCGGGAACGAGGCGGGCGGGGAGAGGCUGGGGAGGUCGAGCGACGGGGGAACGAGUGAGAGGGAGGCGUGCAAGAGGCAGGAGAGGGACGGGUCGGAGGAAGGGGGGACUGCUAAGAGCGAAGUGAAAGGACUGGCUGACGGUGAUGCUGGUGGGGAGAGUGAUGGGAAAGAUGUGGAGGAAAAGGCAGAGGCGGUGAAGCAUGUGGACGAGAGGCGUGAGGGGGAGGGGGAGGAGGAAGAGAAGGAGGAUGAGAACAACGAAGAGGAGGACGGUGAGGGUGAAGAGAUGGAUGCUGCGAGGCCAAAGGAGGAGGGGACCAAGAACGAGGGGGAACGAGUUGGAGGUGGUGACGAUCGGAGUGCCAAGAGGAGGAAGGUGCAGGCGGACACGGCAGGGGAGGACGGGUGCUCGAGGGUAGUGGGAGGGCCGCCGCAGGGCAGCAGUGCGCCCACGGCUGGCAGCAGGUCGCACACGCCGCUCAGCCUCACGGUGCCGCAUGCGCUGGUGGUGGGGCAGCACAGGCGAGACACGGUCAGCGCUGCCGAGGCGCAGCAGCACAAGGAGGGCGGUGGCGACACCAACGCUGGGGAUGGCCUGGAGCAGCUGCUUGGGAAGAAACGAGGCGGGCAGGAGAUGGGAGUGGCUGGUGGGGAGCGCAAGGGCGAGGAGGCGGAGGGGUCGGCGAAUGAAGCGCGAGAAAGUGCAGCGAGGCCCGGGCGUACGGAGACAUCGCAGGUGGUGGGCGCAGGCAGGCGCGAGCUGCGAGGCGACGGCCAGUCCGUCUUCCGACCGCUGCACAGCCUCCCCCCUAAGGUGACGCCCCCACAUGCCCCUCCUCGCCUCCUCCCCCCUCCCCCCUCCAAGACCGUCGCCCCACCUGUAUGUGCGGCCGCCCAGGAUGAAGGCACCCCGGCUGACGCUGCUGCUGCCAGCGCUGGCGGUGAAAGAAGGGAAGGAGACAAGGGCGGUGAGGCAGGGACGAGGGAGGAGGGCGAAGUGGCGCGUACGGUUGGGAGAGUGGACGAGGAGGUGCGAUGGAAGGAGGGUGAGACGAGACAGCGGCGGAGAGGCAAGGAGAAGCGGACAGUGGGGGGUGAGGCGGUGUUGGGGCAGGAGAGCCGCAAGCAUGGGAGGGACGAGGAGGAGAAUAAGGAACGCGUGUGUGAUUUGACUCAAGACAGGAGGCAGCAGCACGUGCACCAGCACCAGCACCAGCACCAGCAUCAGCACCAUCAUCAGCAGCCCCCUAGCAGCAACGCCCCAUCUCUCCUCGCGGGCAUGCGCAUCGUGGGUCCAUCACUGCCCAUGCCCUCCUCCCCCAGUGCGGAUCCCUCGUCCAGCAACAGUGCAGGGGCGGGCGUGCACCAUCACUUCCACUACCACUACCACAGUGCCGUCAGCAGCGCCAAGCACCGCGCUGCCUCCUCCAAGCAACCCACCACCGCUGCUACGGCAGCUGCUGCCAUUGCUGCUGCUGCUAAGGUUGAGGCUGUUGUCUCUGCUGCCGGUCCUUCUGCCGCCCUCAGUGCUCCCUCAGGCCCGGAAACCCCGAGCCUGAGGUCUGGAGAAGGGGGUGAGGGCUACGGGGGAAUUGUGCAGUGCAGCAAGGGGGAGAGCAGCGAGCUGGGGGAGGGGGCGGUGAAGGAGGUGGGGGAUGGGGGAAGGGGUGGGAAGAGCAGUGGUGCAGUGGACGAUGGUAUGGCUGACGAGAGAAAGACAGCUGCCCUGCUGCAGGCCGAGGCAGUCCACAGGUGGAACACUGAGGGCGCUCCGGGGGUUGACCUGCAGUGCAGGGAGGCAGGGCCACACGGGAUGAAGGCCCGCCUGCCCGACAAGCUGCUGGGCGACGCGGCAAGCAAGCAGGGCGAGCGGCACCGGCCACGGCAGUACCAGCAGAAGCACCACCACAAUCACCGCUUCCACCCCUACAGCCCGCACAAGGAGCACAAGGAGGCGAGGAAUGGGACAGGGUAUGGUGUGAUCGCUGCUAACAUGCCUGACAGGGAUGUCAACUUCGAAAUGGGGGAGCGGGAAGGCGAGCAGAUGCAACAGGACGAGGGUGGAGGGGUUGUGAUGCGGCCCUGAGAGGGAUUGUUGAUAGGAUUCUUCAUAAAAGGUGGCCUGUUCUGACUUAAUUGCAGGCUACCUGUGCCUUAAGCUGAUGUAAGUUUGAACAUUAUUAUUGAUUUCCUCGCCCAUUCCUCGCCUGAAUUGCCCAUGUU